ACAGCACCGCUGGGACCGGGACAGGACCGGGACAGGACCGGGACAGCACCGCUGGGACCGGGACAGCACCGGGACAGGACCGGGACAGCACCGCUGGGACCGGGACGGCACCGGCAGGACCGGGACAGCACCUGGACAACACCUCCGGGACCGGGACGGGACCGGGACAGCACAACCGGGAUAACAGAGCCCGGACCGGGAUAACAGCCGGGAGCAGCACAAACCGGGAUAACGCAGCCAGGACAGCACCGGGACGGCACAACCGGGACAACAGAGCCGGGACAGGACCGGGACAAUCGGGAUAACAGAGCCAGGACCGGGAUAACACGGCUGGGACCGGCACCGGGACGGCACAAGCGGGACAACAGAGCCGGGACAGCCCCGGGACAGCCCCGGGACAGCGCAGCUGAGGGGGCGGCGCGGGGCUCGGGGCCGCUGACAGCGGGGGCGGUGACAGCGGAGCCGGGAUCGGGCACCGGAACCGCCCCAGUCCCCGGGAUCUGAGCCCAAAUCCGGGAUCCUCCGGAGCGCCGGGAUCCGGCGGGAUCAGGGAUCCAGCACCAAACCCCGGCCUGGGGUCUGUGACCGGGCGCUGAAAUCAACCAAAUCCUCGGGAUUCGGCAUCAAAAUCCACCAAAGAUCUGGGCUUCGGUGCUGGUACUGACCAAAUCCUUGGGAUCAGAACCGAGCGAGGAUUUGGGAUCCAGCACCAGAACCGAGCGAGGAUUUGGGAUCCAGCACCACAAAACCGAGCGAGGAUUUGGGAUCCAGCACCAGAACUGAGGGAGGAUUUGGGAUCCAGCACAGAAACCGAGCAGGGAUUUGGGAUCCAGCACCCAAAACCGAGCGAGGAUUUGAGAUCGCCCGUGGCUGUUGACCAAAUAUUCGGGAUCUGUGAUCGAGACUAGCCAAGGAUUUGGGAUCGGCCGUGGAUAUUGACCAAACACUGCGGAUCUGGGAUCGAGCCCGACCGGGGAUCCAGGAUCCGAGAGCCAGCCCCGCCGGGAGCCGGGAAUCGGCACCGCCACCCCCCCGGGAUCGGAGCAGGGAUCCAGCGGGGGAUCCGUUGGGAUCCAGUGGGAUCAGGGACCCGGCGGGAUCCAGCCAUGCCGCGCGCGUUCCUGGUGAAGAAGCCGGUGGUGGCCACGGCCAAGCGCAACUGGAGCGAGCUCCCGGACGAGCAGCGGGCGGAGAUCUACGUGCCCAUCUGUUUGGGGGGGUGCCCCCUGCGCAGGGACCCCGAGCCGGCCGUGGGGGGAGGCCCCCGCGGUCCCCCCUGGACAUGACGCUGCCCCCCCCGCGCCCCCCCCGGCCCCUUCCUGCACCCCAAGGGCAAGGUCCCGUCCGGCCCUUUGGGCGCCCCCCUCCCCCCGGGGCUGCCCCUGGCCGGGGGGGUCCCCGUGGGGGUCCCGGUGGCCGGGGGGGUCCCGGGGGGCUCCGAGCUCUUCUCGUGCCCCGUGUGCCACAAGAGUUUCGGGUUCCAGCGGAUGCUGAACCGGCACCUCAAGUGCCACAGCGAGGUGAAGCGGCACCGCUGCCCCUACUGCGGGAAGGGCUUCAACGACACCUUCGACCUCAAGCGCCACCGCCACGUCCGCACCCACACCGGUGUCCGUCCCUACAAGUGCUCCCUGUGUGACAAGGCCUUCACGCAGCGCUGCUCGCUGGAGUCCCACCUGCAGAUCCACGGCGUGGCGCAGCGCUACGGCUACAAGGAGCGCCGGGCCAAGCUCUACGUGUGCGAGGAGUGCGGCGGCACGGCCGACAGCCAGGACGCGCACCUGGCGCACCUGCGCCAGCGCCACCCCCACAGCCCCCUCCUGGCCAAGCUGGCCCGCAAGGCCGCGGCCACGCCCGCGCCACGCCCGGCCCCGCCCCGCGCCGCCCCGCCCCCUUAGGGGACUCGCAAAUGGGGGGGGUGGGGGGGAGGGGCGGCCACGCCCAGUUUGGGGGGGACGCGCCCGGUUGGGGAGGGACACGCCCGCUUGAGGGGGUGUGGCCGUUUGUAGCGGGACACGCCCAUUUAGGGGAUGGACACGCCCGUUUUGGGGUUACGGGAGGGACACACCCAGCUGGGACACGCCCGGUUCUGGGAGGGACACGCCCACUUGGGGACACAGCCACUUAGGGGAGGGACACGCCCAUUUUGGGCAGGGACACACCCAUUUAGGCCAGGGACACACCCACCUGGGGACACACCCACUUAGGACAGGGACACACCCACCUGGGGACACACCCAUUUAGGCCAGGGACACACCCACCUGAGGACACACCCAUCUAGGGACACACCCAUUUAGGACAGGGACACACCCACUUAGGCAGGGACACACCCACCUGGAGACACACCCAUCUGGGGACACACCCAUUUAGGACAGGGACACACCCACUUAGGCAGGGACACGCCCAGUUCUUGGUUGGGGAAGAAUUGCUCUGAGGCCACACCCACCAGAGAAUGGAGACCACGCCCUUUGGGUUGGGACACGCCCCUUUUGGGGGUCAGGCGGGGGCGUUGGGGUUGAAGCCACGCCCGUUUGGAGCAGAAGCCACGCCCACUUCGCCCCCCUUGGGAAUUAAAGCCCCUCUGUGAGCACUGA